GAGGGAAUGUUAUGAGAUGUCGAUUAAAGUUGGACGGUCGUAUUACUACCGCGAACUUUUGCAAAGGAGAUCUUUCUAUUAUCGCUACACGUUAUGUUUCCUCAAAUAGUACUGCUUAUCUGGAAUUGUUUAAACCAACGUUGGAAGAAGAAGAGUCGGGUAUCCUAGAGUAUAGCCAGAUAUUUUCGAAACAAGUCGGGGAACCUGUUUCGAAGGUCAUAACUUUUUCUCAAAGUUCGAGUCCUUCUGAAGGAUUCUUUUUUGCAAGCACGAAUGGUGGUUUGAGUUAUUGUACCUUUGAUGAAUCUAGUUUUCGUGAAGUCAGUCACUGUGAGAACGCUCAUGAGGGAACUAUAGUUGCUCUGGAUUACUGCUCAAAGGACAAAUUGCUCUUUUCUGGUGGUUAUGACGGUGCACUGAAAGUUUGGGAUGUCCGUUGUUUUGGUAAAAAAAGCGAGCCUCUACGCUUUGUGCCUAUCUCCUCAGAUCGUUGUUGUUGUAUAGCACAUGACGGAACGAGUGACUUACAUAAGGUUUUCGUGGGAACACAGAACGGUUAUGUCUGUCUUUACGAUACUAGAGUCAAUCGAGAUGAUGCUAUUGAGAAAUUUUCGUUUGAUGAUUCUAUUUCCAAUAUGUUGGCAGUUGCAUCAAGUACUUUGAUAGUGUCGACUUUUAGUCAGGUUUACAAAGUGAACUUUCUCUUGGCGCGUAAUACUCUUCUGUAUGAAGACAGUAAUACAUGUAUUGUUGGUAUCUCGGCCAACCCAUUUGAGUGCAGUGAGUUUUUAAUUGCCAAUCGAACAAGACGCUUAAUAGUUGUGAACUUUAAAAAUGGUUUGGUCAAGAACAAUGUGGUUUGUAAAGGAGAAAGUUAUUGGUCCAAAGUAGGUUGGCACUCAUCACUUCCUGUCUAUUCUGCCAUUAGUUACAAGUCACUGGAAGUUGGAUUAUUUCCACCCGAUAGUGUUUAAUAUCUUUUUGAGUGACUUGCUGGAGGCUUUCUUUGGAAAAGAGAUAAACGGUGAACUUUGGCU